AUGUCCGCAGUAACAGCAGCCCGCUACGGUAAGGACAACGUCCGUGUCUACAAAGUCCACAAGGAUGAGAACACCGGUGUCCAGACGGUGUAUGAGAUGACUGUCUGUGUGCUCCUGGAGGGAGAAAUUGAGACCUCUUACACCAAAGCCGACAACAGUGUCAUUGUUGCAACAGACUCCAUCAAGAACACCAUAUACAUUCUCUCCAAGCAGAACCCCGUUACCCCUCCCGAGCUGUUCGGCUCCGUCCUGGGUACUCACUUCAUCGAGAAGUACAAGCACAUCCAUGCCGCGCAUGUCAACAUUAUCUGCCACCGCUGGUCCCGCAUGGACAUCGACGGCAAGCCGCACCCACACUCGUUCGUCCGUGACAGUGAGGAGAAGCGGAUUGUGCAGGUGGACGUAGCAGAAGGCCAGGGUAUCGACAUCAAGUCGUCGCUGUCUAAGCUGACUGUACUGAAGAGCACCGGCUCGCAAUUCUGGGGCUUCCUGCGGGACGAGUACACCACGCUCAAGGAGACCUGGGACCGGAUUCUGAGCACCGACGUGGAUGCCUCCUGGCAGUGGAAGCGGUUCAGCGGUCUGGACGAGGUCCGCUCGCAGGCGCCCAAGUUUGACGCCACCUGGGCUUCGGCGCGGGAGAUCACGCUCAAGACAUUUGCCGAGGAUAACAGCGCCAGUGUGCAGGCUACCAUGUACAAGAUGGCGGAGCAGAUCCUAGCGCGCCAGCCAUUGGUCGAGUCUGUCGAGUACUCGUUGCCGAACAAGCACUACUUCGAAGUUGACUUGAGCUGGCACAAGGGCCUCCAGAACACCGGCAAGAAUGCCGAAGUCUUCGCUCCGCAGUCAGACCCUAAUGGUCUGAUUAAAUGUACCGUCGGACGGUCGUCUCUCAAGUCCAAGUUGUAAACCACAAGAUUCUCAAGUUCCGGAGUUUCCAAGGCAACCUGUAUAUAGUCUGGGAUAGGGUAUAGCAUUUAUUUGUGUUUUUUUUCUCUCUCUCUCUCUCUAUCUCUCUUCUCCACUUUGGCACGUAUAAUACAAAUGCAUCGUAGAUACGACGAUGCAAAGAACAGUCUUUCCGAAGCUGGAAACGAGAUACCCAAACGUUAUAUCAAAACAGAUCAAAGAGAACUCCCACCCAUGCGCUAGCAUAUAAACAGCAAAAACCAUAAAAUUACAGAAGAACAAAUACAGUAGACCAUCUGUGAGCUACCCGGAAACUGAGAACGAGAGAAGAGCAAGACUAGGCCUCAGGCUUGGCCUCCUUAAACGCCUCCUUCAC